GAGAUAAACGAGAUGAGGGCCGACGGGCGUCUGUUUAGUUUUCUUUGAUUUCCUGGUAAAUUUAAAGACACUUGUGAUGGAACAUAAUGUGUGUCGGUAUAGACUGGAUAGGUAAGUCAGUUGUAUGGCAAUUUGUAGUGACCGCUGCUACUUCCGUGUUUGGAUGCUUUCGCCUGGGUGGACAGGCUGUUCGAUGGAGCAGAGUGCCACAAUCACAAACCCUUUAACAUUUUCAUUUCCGUUUUCAUCUCGGAGAUAGAACUAUUUCCCGCACUCAAUUUUUGACGCUGGGUUUCACCUGAGAUGAGUUAAAUAUAUUUAAUAAUCUAAGAAAUCCUUUGAAAACAUCAGCUAAUAUUUUCCCAGACAUGGAGGAGCCUGAUAUUCGGCAACUGAAGCUGGACAACCAGCGUACCCUUCUAAUGAAAAAGCAGCAAAAGAAGAGGGCUGAUGCUCAAAUGGUUGUGGCCAAUCGAGAUGCUCGGCAAAAGAACCGAAAGCAGAAAGUUGUUUGCUCUGAUGAGACACCUCUGUUGAUCAGCCAAUCACCAAGCAACGCUUCUCUGACUGAUCAAGUUGAGCAUGCCCACGAUAACCCACUGGAUGAGAUCACGCUGGGUGAAUGUGACAUGACAGUGAGCACAACAGUGGAUGGGCAGCCUUCAGAAAAACGUGUUACUCUGAUGACAAUGAAGCUGGAGGACAACAAGGAGCCAGUGAUGAAGAGUGAGGUGGAGGAUGAUGCUCAGGUGGAAGGGAAUAAAACAAAGAAGAAGGACGUAAAGAAAGAAAAGGCCAAACAGAUUGAACACAGUGAUGAAAAGGAAAAAGAGACAGAAAAAGAAAAGGAGAAAAGGGAGAAAAAAACAAAGAAAAAAGAAAAACUAAAGGAAUCUGAGGACCCACAGAAGACAAAUAAAACAACCAAACAAGAGCGCAAAAAGAAGCACCUAAAGGAGGCAGAUGUGGAGGAAGGAAGCAGUCCAAACGAGAACAAACGUGAUGAAAGUGAUAAUGAAGUGGAGGAUUCCCAAAGGCCAGUCCCUCAAUCGCCAAAGAGGAAAAAACAACUUGACACAACCCGGUGCCAAAUAAGUGCUGAGAGCAAAGAUGAAGAAAUUGAAAGAAAGGAGAAGAAGGAAAAAAAGGCAAACAAAUCAGAUAAAACAACGCACAGUCUAGCAUCUCUAAACUCAAACUACAGAGAGAGUUCAUCCUCGGGGAGUGAAUCAUAUGAAAGGUCAACAUCUACAAUGUCAGUGGAGGAUCUGGAGAAGUUUGCAUUGCGUCCGGCCCCCAGAGAUGUGACAAUUCAAUGCAGGGUCACCAGAGACAGGAGAGGGAUGGAGAAGGGCAUUUACCCGACUUACUACCUGCACAUGGAGAAGGAGGACGGCAAGAGGGUGUUCCUAAUGGCGGGCAGGAAAAGGAAGAAGUGCAAAACGUCCAACUAUCUCAUCUCCACUGACGCAACAGAUCUGUCCAGGGACACAAACUGCUAUAUUGGAAAACUGAGGUCCAACGUUUUGGGUACAAAGUUCACAGUCUAUGAUGGAGGUGAAAACCCAGAGAAGAAGCCUUUCAUUAAAGAGAGUGAAGCAGUGCGACAAGAGCUGGCAGCAGUUUGCUAUGAGACAAAUGUGCUGGGCUUUAAAGGCCCCCGGAAAAUGACUGUGAUAAUCCCUGGAAUGCUGGAGAAUGAUGAAAGAGUGUCCAUUUGUCCCAAAAGUGAUCUUGAGACUCUACUGGUGCGCCAUGCCAACAACAACACAGAGAAACUGGUCACACUGGUGAACAAAUCCCCAAGCUGGAACGAACAGACUCAGUCGUAUGUGCUGAACUUUCAUGGACGUGUCACCCAGGCCUCUGUCAAGAACUUCCAGAUCAUCCACCCUGACAAUGAGGACUACAUAGUGAUGCAGUUUGGCCGUGUAGCCGAGGAUGUCUUCUCCAUGGACUACAGUUUCCCCCUAUGUGCCCUGCAAGCCUUUGCCAUCACCCUGUCAUCAUUUGAUGGUAAACUGGCAUGUGAGUGAGCUCUGCUAGUGCACAUCAGAUGCUUUACUGCAUCCCUGAUCAAGAAUGAACCUGCACUUCAAGUUUAUACUAAGCCCAUAAUGUUCCACAGGUUACUUUUUCUUGUUUUGUAACCUGGGCCAUGAAACCCUUUGUAUAUAGAGACCUAGAUUAUAAAGCAGACAUGUAUUAUUGGUAAAGUAUUAUUUGACAGCAGCUCUCAUAUUGACAUGGGAGCAAUCAAUUUGGUUAUUUAAUGGUUUUAAUGUAAUGGUCUUUCUUUUAUAUUUACCAGGUAUUUAAAGAAAUUGUACAAUUAAAAUCUUGAGGCCAACUGUGUAAACACUACCAAUGUAAUAUUAAAUUAUAAGAAAACAAGGA